CGCACUGGGUGUGAUACUAGUUUGCAAUUAGAGAACGAUAAACAGUAUAAAAAAAUUUAGUCAUCCAUAUUCCAUUCCAUAGGCCCAUCUUUUCUCUCUCUCUCUACCAUUAUCAGAUAACUCCGUAUUCAGAUUCUGUCGUCUCUCUAACGCCUAUGGUGCCAUUUCCACCACGAACAAUCACGGCCGUCUGCCGAUGAUCGGUUUCUUCUCGAUCUCUCAGAAGACUCUGGUUUAAUUGGUAACGGUGGUGAAUGACUUGUUGAAGUGAUAUACUUAUAUAGCACUACUAAGUCUCGACGAAAUGGCUUCAGUAGGUACAGCACCUACUUCUGCUGCAAGAGGACCAAGUGGUGUUGAUAGGUUGCCUGAGGAGAUGAAUGACAUGAAAAUCAGGGAUGACAAGGAUAUGGAAGCAACAGUGGUUGAUGGUCAUGGUACUGAAACAGGGCAUAUAAUAGUGACAACUAUUGGUGGUAGAAAUGGACAGUCAAAGCAGACUAUAAGCUAUAUGGCUGAACGUAUUGUUGGGCAUGGAUCAUUUGGAGUAGUGUUCCAGGCAAAAUGCCUAGAGACUGGUGAAACUGUUGCUAUAAAAAAGGUUCUUCAGGAUAAAAGAUACAAGAAUCGAGAAUUACAGACUAUGCGCCUCCUUGACCAUCCAAAUGUUGUAUCUUUAAAGCACUGCUUCUUUUCUACAACUGAUAAAGAUGAACUAUAUUUAAAUCUAGUUCUCGAGUAUGUCCCAGAAACAGUUCACCGCGUUAUCAAGCACUACAACAAGUUGAAUCAAAGAAUCCCAUUAAUAUUUGUGAAACUUUAUACAUACCAGAUUUUCAGGGCAUUGUCUUACAUUCAUCGCAGCAUUGGAGUGUGUCACAGAGAUAUUAAGCCUCAAAAUCUUUUGGUGAACCCACAUACUCAUCAAGUUAAAUUGUGCGACUUUGGAAGUGCAAAAGUUCUGGUUAAAGGAGAGCCCAACAUUUCUUACAUUUGCUCUAGGUAUUAUAGAGCCCCUGAGCUCAUUUUUGGUGCAACAGAGUAUACUACUGCCAUUGAUGUAUGGUCUGCUGGAUGUGUGUUGGCAGAGCUACUUAUUAGCCAGCCUUUGUUUCCGGGUGAAAGUGGAGUUGAUCAACUUGUUGAGAUCAUUAAGGUGUUGGGCACUCCUACCAGGGAAGAAAUUAAAUGCAUGAACCCUAACUACACAGAGUUCAAAUUCCCCCAAAUUAAAGCUCAUCCUUGGCACAAGAUAUUUCCUAAACGUAUGCCGCCAGAAGCUGUUGACCUAGUUUCUAGGCUGCUGCAAUACUCUCCCAAUUUACGCUGUUCUGCUUUGGAUGCUUUGACCCACCAAUUCUUUGACGAGUUACGUGAUCCCAAUAUUCGACUUCCAAAUGGACGUUUUCUUCCUCCGCUGUUCAACUUCAAGCCCCAUGAGCUGAAGGGCGUGCCUAUGGAGACCAUAGCGAAAUUGAUUCCAGUGCACUCCAGAAAGCAGUGCCCGUUUCUAGGAUUGUGAACGCCUCUAUAAAAAGUAAAAACCACAGCCCGGUAUUUCUUCUGUCUCUAUUCAAUUGUUUGUGUUAAUGUUGUAUUCCUCGACCCCUGUUGUACCCCUUAUUUUUAUCACAUAUUUAUCAUGUCUAUUGUUAUCGUCAUUGUCCUUUGUAAAAGCAGAUGUAGGGAAAUGUUCUAUUAAGACAAUACUGGCCUUGAAUUUCUUGUGUACAAUGUAAUGUCGCCCCCCUGUACCGAAACAAUGUAAACUUCAUGAGCAAAAAUAUAGACCGAUCUGAAUGGAACGUUUUAUAAUAUUGUAAGAAACAAUGUUUUGCUCU